AUGCGGCCGAUGGCGAAUGGCGCGGGGGGUUCGAAAGGUGGGGACGCCGGGCCCGCGCCCGUGGUCGAUUCCGCGAAUGACCCGAUGGCGAUUUCGGAGACGUGGCGGCGUUUCAUGGACGCCCACGUCGCCGGUGUCGGCAUCGGCACCAUGGACGACUCCCGCGAGUGGGCGUCCACCGCGCUCACGCGGUUGAGGGAGGAGGAGGACGAGAACAGAAGGCGGAUGGACGCGGUGGUCACCCCGGACGGCCGCGACGCCAACGGGGAAAUCGUCUUCCCCGUCAAGAAGGAUAACUCGUUCGUCGAUUUAUUAGCCGUGGCGAAGGACGAUGAGGCCGCCCGGUGCGCGGUGCUGCUGGCGUUGGCGCUGGAGGCGGCGGAGACGGAGGCGCGGGUCGCGUGGAACAAGCUGCGAGCAGAGCUGCGUUGGAAGGAACCCUUUGCGCCGGCUGAAAAAUCCGCCGCCCUCGAGUCCGCGCACUCGUUGGAUUCCGCGGGAGACGACAACGGCGUGGGGGGCAGGAGGCUCGGAAGGCGAGCCUCGGGCGUCGCGGACCUCGACGACAUCAUAAUCGAAUCCCCCGGGGAGUUCCUCGAGCAGCGAAGGAACAGCGUCGCCGGGUGGGACGCCGGCGCGGGCGUCGGCCGGGGCGGCGCUUGGCUCUUGGAGCCCCUUCGCGACCGAUGGGAGGCGCGCCGCGUCCUCGAGUGGAGUCCUUGGGUGAUGUCCGAGGCGUCCGUCGGCGCCUCCGGGGAACUCGCCAUACUCUCCGGCGGCGGCGACGGGGACGCCGAAGGUGGCGUCGCCGAAGGGGGCGUCGCCGAGGGGGCGCCCGCCGCCGCCGCCGAUGAAGGCGCCGUCGUCGGACUCAGAGGCGCGAAGGAGGAGGCGGCGAGGAGGCGCGCCGCGAUGACAGAGGAGCCCAACUACGUCGUCGAGUCGGUGCCGACGCAGCGCGCGUUCGACUGGACGAGCUUGGUCCCGGCGGCGUCCGUGCCGCAGGUGUCUGUCCAGGAGGUCAUCUCCGUCGACGCCGGGGACGAUUUGUCAUCGCCGUCGAGCGCGCCGGGGUCGCCAAAGGGACCCGGGUUGGAAGACCCCGGAUCUCCCACGUCGAAAUCGAUUCAUUCGGUAACCUCCGACGCGUCCACGAUCAAUAUCGACGCGCUGACGGACCUGCGCUACGGCGAGCACAUGGUGUUUUUGGUGCACGGAUACGCGGGAUCGCUCCAGGAUCUGAGGCUCCUGAGGGCGCACCUGCAGGUGGCGUGUCCCAACGUGCACACGCGGGUCUCCGCCGCGAACCACGAGCGCACGGGCGUCGACUCCAUAGAGGCGAUGGGCGCGAGGCUCGCGGAGGAGGUGGCGGAGACGAUGGAGGACCUGGAGUCGGGCGCGUUGGUGCCCAGGGGGGGCGGGAGGGAGCCCAGGUCGCCCGCGGCGGCGGCGGCGACGACGGCGGCGAGGUUCGGAGCCCCGCCGAGGGUAUCCUUCGCCGCGCACUCCGUCGGCGUUCUCAUCGUCCGCGCGGCGCUGACGCACCCGGCGAUGGAGCCGUAUCUGUCCCGGCUGCACCUAUUUUUGUCGAUGUCGGGCCCGCACCUCGGGUACGCGGGCGGCGACAGGGUCGGCGCGGAUGGAAUGGACAAGAAGAGCCGAAGGUUCAUCGGGAAAUCCGCCGCGUUUCAGCUCGGCCUCUGCUGCACCCGCGCCAUCAACCCCAAGGCUAAGUGCCUGUCCGAAAUCACCUUUCGCGACGCGGGGAAGAUCGAGGACUGCUACCUGUACAGACUGGCGCACCAUAAGAACGGAUUGGCGCUGUUCAGGCACGUCGUGUUGGUGUCCAGUCCGCAGGACAAGUACGUCCAGAGGCACAGCGCGCGGCUACAGCUGGAGGGGUUCAGGAUCAGAGAGGGUUCGAGAAGGGCGCGGGCGACGAUGGAGAUGGCUCGCGCGAUUCUCGCCCCCGUGCUGGAGAAAGCGAUUUCGCGGGAGAGGGGAGAGGCGGGGUCGAGCGGGAGGGACGGCGUGGAGAGGGAGAGCGGGGCGAGGCUGACGUCGCUGUCGCGCGUCGACGUCCACUUCGCGAAAGUGGGCGGCGGCGUCGACUUCAACCAGCUCAUCGGACGCAAGGCGCACAUAGACUUUCUGGAGACUGACGAGUACGUCAGGUUCUUGAUCUGGAAGCUGCGGCGAGCGUUCCUGUAA